ACAAUUGACAAACGCAUAAUAGAAACCUGUAAUUAAACGGUGGGUUGGAGCAACGGCGUGAACGCUGGCGCCUCACGGCUAGUAACGGGGAGUUAUCUGUUGCACGACCACCUUGCGGUGAUCAGAUCAGAAGUGAUCAGCAUUUGAUUUAAAGGAGAACUAGUAAAGCACUGUGAUUUAGACCUCAAUCUGCACAUCAUUGGACCUUUGGAAAACAUGGUGCAAAACAAGAUCACUGAAGUAACCGGAUUCCAUCGCUCCUUUAAGGGGCAAAACCCUUUCAAGACUGAUGAAUUCAUCGAUUCGGAUUCCCACCUUGAGUCAUCCUUCAUAUUGGAGCGCUCUACAAGGCCUGCCAUGCCUUCCAGCCAGCCCAUCGAUAUCCCUGAUGCCAAGAAGAGAAAUAAGAAGAAAAAGAGAUGCAGAGCCACUGACAGUUUUUCCGGACGUUUUGAAGAUGUUUACAAACUACAAAAUGAGGUUCUUGGAGAAGGGGCUUAUGCUGUUGUACAGACCUGCAUCAAUCUGAUCACCAAUAAAGAAUACGCAGUAAAGAUAAUUGAGAAGAGGCCGGGCCACAGUCGGAGCCGUGUCUUCAGGGAGGUGGAAAUGCUGUACCAGUGUCAGGGCCACAGAAACAUUUUGGAACUGGUGGAAUAUUUUGAGGAAGAGGACAAAUUUUAUUUAGUCUUUGAGAAACUGAGAGGCGGUUCAAUCUUGACUCACAUACACCGAAGACAACACUUCAAUGAACAGGAAGCCAGCAUAGUGGUGCAGGACAUCGCCAGCGCACUGGACUUCCUUCACAACAAAGGGAUGGCACAUCGAGACCUAAAGCCAGAGAACAUCCUUUGUGAACACAGUGACAGGAUUUCUCCAGUGAAGAUCUGUGAUUUUGACUUGGGAAGCGGGAUCAAGCUGAAUAGUGACAGCUCUCCCAUCUCCACCCCUGAACUCUUGACUCCAUGUGGCUCAGCUGAAUACAUGGCCCCAGAAGUGGUGGAGGCCUUUAAUGAAGAAGCCAGCAUCUACGACAAGCGAUGUGACCUGUGGAGCCUUGGAGUCAUCCUCUACAUAAUGCUGAGUGGAUACCCGCCAUUUGUUGGUCGCUGUGGGACAGACUGUGGCUGGGAUUGGGGAGAGCCCUGCCAAGCCUGCCAGAGCAUGCUGUUUGAGAGUAUUCAGGAAGGCAAAUAUGAGUUUCCAGAGAAAGAUUGGGCACACAUCUCCCCUGCAGCCAAAGACCUCAUCACCAAACUAUUGGUACGGGAUGCCAAAGACCGCCUCAGUGCCGCCCAAGUCCUGCAGCACCCAUGGGUCAAAGGGUGUGCACCCAACACUGUGUCUGCAUCCAUACUACAUCAGAGGGGCGGCAGUGCUCAGGACCUGACGUUCUUUGCGGGGCAGGCUGUAGCCAUGAACCGGCAGCUGGCAAAGAGGGAGGAGAGUGAGGAUCUGUCUCUGUCCUCUCCUCUUCUCUCCAGCAGCUCUGGCUCCAUGCUGUUGUCUCCUCCGUCCAGAUCCAAGCUGGCCCACCGCAGGAAGACCGCCAGCAGUCAGCACAGAGGACCAGUGUGUGCUGCUGAACUCCGCCAGCUCCUCGCCCCGCUCGUGAUCGUGGGCGACUGUGCCUGAUUAUCAUGACCUUCACCAGCCUUCGAUCUCCCCUGUCGACCUCUAUAUGAAUCUUCGACUAGGCAGUAUGUUGAUCCCUGACCUCUCUGCCCACUCGCUUUGUGGGUCUAAAGCGCUUAUGGGAAGGACUCGCAUGUUUGUAGCACUUAAAGCACCUCAAAAGUCCCCAAAAACAAAGUUUUGAUUGGGUAAAAAGGCUGUUGUGGCUGGAAAGAGACUUGUUGACGUCUGAGAGUCCCGGGAAUCUGUCAAUAUACAAUGAUGUUUACAAAAAACCUUGAAAACCAAAGGAUUUAAGCUGCUUUCAUAUGGGACCCCACUUAAAUCAUUUAUCUUCAAAGCAUCAGGAAAAAUAACUUCUGCUGUUUGCCUUUUGUGCUCGUGUCGGGACCUCCAGCGGCUGAAUGAUUUGUAUUUCUACAGUCUUGGGGAUUUAUUAAUCCUCUAGUCACUCGUAAUGGUGGCAGACUGUGACUAAUUUUUGCAAUAACUGUUGCUCGGACUUGUGGAAAACGAUUGAUUUAUUCAUUCAAGUCAUUCAGGGCGGAAAUGGUAGCCAUGUUGUGUGGGGUUUUGCAGUCCUGAUUCUGUUUAUCAAGAACCUCAUGUAACCAAACUUCAAUCCACCGCUUUACUGUAAUGACACUUGAUUCUGCCCAAAACAAAGCGGAGCUGAAACCUCUGAAUGGAGAACCAAAGCAGAUCUUACAGCAGAAAGACACAUUCUGUGUAAAUGAAUUUUACAUUUAAUUUUGUCCUUGCACUGGAAAGUUUGCCUCUUUCAUGGAGCAGUGCAGCACAGCUUCUGUAUUUGGCUUCUCAGGAAAACAGGAAUUGGUUGCACAAUCAUAUUUCCUCCCUUAAUGUCCUGAAUUGCCAUGCCAUGGGGGUUUUAAGUAACUGACAGAGGUGCAUUUCUAACUCCCUUUUCACUAUUCAUUCAGUUAGUCAUUGAACAUUUUCGUGGACACACAGGCUCCAUCAAUGACCGUAUUCACUGUUUGAAUAAAGGUGAUCAUUCCAUCAAAAGACCUUAAGUACUCUGUUAGCCUCUUUUUUGUGCUUGUAGACAGACAUCUGAGAAUAAGAUGUGCAGAAAUUCUCCAGACACACCAAUGUGCCAUGCUGCUGUUAUUUUGCCCCCUUUUAAUUUUAAUUUAUGUGUGUGUUAGGAAGGGAGAUUUUCAUCUUCCUUUUUUAAAGCAUUUAAAUGUUUUUAAAAGUUUGUGUGUUGUUUGUUUGUUUGUUUGUUUGUUUGUUUGUUUGUUUGUGUUGUGGUCCUCAAUAAGUGCUGAUAAAGACCAAAGCUAAUUUUUUUCUAAAUUGUUACUGAUGUUCCUUGUUGACUGUAGACACUUUAAUGUUUUUUUUUUCUCUCAAUUCUUCUCAAAUAUUUUUAUAUUUAUAUAGUCACUAGCAAAUAUCCAGAUCAACCAUUAAAUGAACCAAGUGCUCGAACUCACUUUGAGUAAAAAAAACUUUUCCCCUCUUUUGUUAGUUGGUGGUUUGUCUUACAGUAAGACAUGAAAUGCAUAUACAUGCAGUUGGUUCUGUCUUUUUUUUGUUUUUGUUUUUGAUGGAAAGCACCCUGGAAAUAUGCUGAGUGUAGUCUUUCUGAGAAAGACCUUUGCUAUUUUUGUUUUUGAUUAGGUUUUUUUUUUUUUUUUGUUGUUGUUGGGCAUUGCGGUUUUCAUAGAAUGUUCUGACCCCCCUCCACUACAUGAAUGACUAAUCUACACUUAUUUCAGGGACCUGUGGUGUAGUAUGUUGUAUCUUGUAUUUUCAUGUGGUUGUACCAUUUUUGUUUUUUAUUUAACUAUGGGGAGGCAAAAUAAAGAACAUGGAAAAUUGUUCAA